GCAUCUUUAUACGAGUACAGCGUAACCGAAGAUGCCGUGAGUAGUGUUGUUCAGAGUUCGAAGACGACUGAUGAAUAUUACAGGUUUGAUAGACUUAAGACAUCUGAUGGUAGCUCUGAUACUGUGGUUGGUGAGACUGCCGAGGAUAGGAUUGCCAGCCUCCACGAGGUUGCAUCAGAUCUAGAAAAUCAUGAUGCGAAUACCUCGUCUCCUCUGCUGAGCCGCAGUGCUUCAAUAAGGUCAGAGAUCCGAUCUAAUGGAAUUGAGUCACCUGCUGUUAGUCGAAGUGGCUCUAUCAAGUCCACUGCACCAAGUCGAAGUGGCUCUAUCAAGUCCACUGCACUAAGUCGAAAUGCCUCCAUUAAGUCCACUGCACUAAGUCGCAGUGCCUCUAUUAAGUCCGAAGCUCCAGCAAAAGACCAUGAAGAAACUACUCUAAGCCGAAACGCUUCCAUCAAAUCAACUACUUCUAGUAAAAGAGCUUCUAUCAAAGCGGCUUUGCUUAGUCACAGCGCCUCUAUUAAGUCGGAAGCUCAAGAUGAAGUAAUCAAUGGAGAUGCAGGUUCCGUACACGAGGAAAAAGUUCUAAGUCGCAGUGCUUCUAUCAAAUCAACUGCCUCCAGUCGAAGGUCUUCUAUUAAGAGCACAACCAACGGGGGUUCAACAGAAGCAGAAUUUGAGGAACGCGUAAAGAAAAAUAUAAGCAAGUUCAAGAAUGAGAAAUCGAUGACCAACGUUGAGGUUCUGAAAAAUCUAGAAAAAGAGGAGGGGGAGGACCAGCCCAGUGUUAAGAAGCUCUUGGCUUGGGCGAAAGGAACCCGUAAAGCUAAGACUGAGACGAUGGUUGUAAGGCAGAAAAAGCAUGAAGACAAAAUUAGACAAGCCGUUGAUAUAGGAGGAGUUAACUUGGUUCUAGCGGAGAAGGAAACUGUUCUUCAAGGUAGUAUUCUGUUUCAUUUUAUAUACAGGGUUACCCACAAAGAAUGA